CACGGCGGAUGAGGGUGUGGUUGCUAUCCUCCGUUGCCUCACUGCCGUAGAUCGGGCCAGAGCGCACAUUUUACGGCUGUCGUUUUGCGGCACUGUUGGACACCAGUUAAGAUGGUGUCGCAGUUUAGUGGGGUGCUGCAGCUGACGGAUCUUGAUGAUUUUAUAACCCCGUCUCAGGAAUGUGUGAAGCCAGUGAAAGUGGAAAAGAAGCCAGGAAAAACCUCUGGGAUAAUCCGAAUUGAAGAUGAUGGUAGUUAUAUUCAGUUGAACCAGGAUGGAGGAAUCAAGAAACUUGAAAAAGCAAAAAUAACCUUGAAUGACUGUUUGGCCUGCAGUGGCUGCAUUACCUCAGCAGAAAGUGUAUUAAUCACGCAACAAAGUCACGAGGAACUAUACAAAGUUCUGAAUCAAAACAAAGUAAGGCUCCACUUUAUUGUGGUGUCUGGUUCUGAGCAUCAGAAGCUAGUGGUGGUUUCAGUUUGCCCACAAUCCAGGGCAUCAUUAGCUGCAAAAUAUAAGCUGCAAGUCACAGACACCGCACGACGGCUGACUGCAUUCUUUAAAAAUCUAGGUAUUCACUAUGUGUUUGACACAACCUUCUCGAGAAACUUCAGCUUGCUGGAGAGUCAACGCGAAUUUGUGCAGCGUUUCCAGAGGCAAAAGGAAGAUAGCAAAGCCCUGCCAAUGCUGGCGUCUGCCUGUCCAGGUUGGAUCUGUUAUGCAGAGAAAACCCACGGUAGCUACAUUAUUCCCUAUAUCAGCACAACAAAAUCCCCACAGCAGGUUAUGGGCUCUUUAAUCAAGGACUACUUUGCAAAACAGCAGAAUGUGAUGCCAGAUCAAAUAUACCAUGUAACAGUAAUGCCAUGUUAUGAUAAAAAACUAGAGGCUUCAAGGGAAGACUUCUUCAGUGAAGAUAACCACACAAGAGAUGUGGACUGUGUAAUUACUUCAGGUGAAGUGUUGAAAAUGUUAGAACAAGAGGGACUUUCCUUGACAAACGUGGACCCAGUGCCAUUAGAUACAAUGCUCAGUAGUGAGGCUGAUGCAGAAGUGACUGGGCAUUCUGGUGGUGGUUCUGGUGGAUAUCUGGAACAUGUUUUCAAACAUGCUGCUAAAGAACUGUUUGGAAUUGAUGUACAUGAGAUUACCUAUAAAACACUCAGGAAUAAAGAUUUUCAGGAGGUGACACUGGAACGGGAUGGAAGUGUUCUCCUCCGUUUCGCACUCGCCUAUGGAUUCCGAAAUAUUCAGAACCUAGUGCAGAAGUUGAAGCGUAAAAAAUUGACUUACCAUUAUGUAGAGGUUAUGGCUUGUCCCUCAGGUUGUCUCAAUGGUGGUGGCCAGAUACGAGCAGAGGGACCUGAGUCCAGUAAGGAUUUGUUGCAGCAGGUUGAGGAACUCUACACAAGUGUGAAGGUCCAGGCACCAGAAGCAAAUGAAUCUGUGAAGAAGCUCUAUGAACAGUGGCUUGAAGGUGCUGACAGUAGCAAGUCUUUGAAAAUGCUGCACACACAGUACCAUGCUGUGGAGAAAUUGAACAGUGCUCUGAACAUUAAAUGGUAAAGGUAUCUGAAAUGUCAAAGUCUGUACUGAAAAUAGAUGCCAUUGAAAAGAUCUGCUGUGAUACUUUUUAUGUGGAGACAGGCAUUUGGUGAAUUAUUGAAUUUUCAUGUUUCGAAGGAGCAGACCUCCAGUUUACAAGUUCAUGUUUAACUUCGUCUAUACUGAUGUUCUGUCUGUUCGAAAUAGAAGGGCGAUGCCAUUAUAGCUCACUGUGAGCUGUAGGAUUGUCACUUGUGCAGAUCAGGACAAUCAAAUGAUAAUAAGUUUUAUACCUUCUGUCUAAACUUAGUUCUGUAAAGCUGAAAUAGCUUUCAAGUUAAAGGUAGGAGGAAAUACUUCUAAGGCAUUCUAUCCUUUAAACUAAUUGAACACAUCUUUCUGAUUAUUUUUUCCCUUUGCCAAGUGGGGACAGGCAAUUAUCUGCCUCUCCAGUGUUCAGCUCUCUGUAGUGCUGUUCAUCAUGAGCAAAUUGCUGAUUGUUCAGAUGACAAUUCCAAUCAAUGGCAGUUUUCAUUUCCCUUCCCCUCUGAAACAUGCAGGUAGGAAGUACAGGAAGUUUCUCGAUCUGGUUCUGGCUUGUAGUCAGGCAGUGUCCGUACUAGGAAAAAAAAUCAGUAUCAGCCACCACCACCACUUGGAAAUUUCUCCACACUUAUUUUGAAAAUAAACCAGUGCCUUAUGUUGAUUGCCUGAGCAGGAGAGGAAAUUCUUUAAGUAAGUAAUACUGGAAACUGCAUCAUAUUAAUCACCAUUAAUCUUGUAAGUUACCAAGAUUUAGCAAAUAUGUUAUGUUUUAUGCGGUUGACCUACUCCAGUAUAUUUUCUGAUAAAUUCAGAUGCUGAAAAAUAUUGACUGCAGCCUUUGCUGAAGAGAAUAUUUAUUUCCUAAUUUCGCUCUCACCUGGGGACAUAUAUGAAUACAUUACAUUUUAAUAAUAUUGUUAAACAGGAGGAAAAGGGUGAAAUACUGCUACAAAGGGAAACUUAAAACGAGAUAAUGCAAAUAUGGUUUUAUCACUGAUUUUUUUACAAAUUGUAAAUUUGAUUUUGUGUACAGUCUACUAAAGGUGCUGUGGAGUGUGUCAUUCAGCAAUAUACUUUAUGUAAUUCUGUAAAUGGUAAAUGUAAUUAUUUUUAACUUUCAAAAUAAAGUGUGGAAAUCCU